GACCACGUGUCAAUGUUCUGGUUCUCCUGACCUCCCUAGCUCCUGGCUUCUGGCUCUGUUCCUGACUCUGUGCUCCAGCUCUGUUCAAACAUGGAGGCUCACAGUCUGCUCCUCCUGCAGCAGCUGAACGUUCAGAGAGAAUUCGGGUUCCUCUGUGAUUGUACUGUUGCCAUUGGCAACGUGUUCUUCAAAGCUCAUCGCGCUGUGCUCGCCGCCUUCUCCAACUACUUCAAGAUGAUCUUCAUACAUCAGUCCAGUGAGUGUAUAAAAAUUCAGCCGUCGGACAUCCAGCCUGACGUUUUCUCAUACCUGCUCCAUGUGAUGUACACUGGAAUGAGUCCCAAACAGUCCGUGGACCAGGCCCGGCUCCAGGAUGGCAUACGCUUCUUGCACGCAUACCAGUUGUGCACCCGCCGACCCCAUGACCCUUCUGACCCUGCCCCUGACCCCUCUGACCCUGCCCACCCAAAACCCCACCUUCAUGACCCUGGCACCAGUGCCAAUGAAGACCUGAGGCAGUCCAACCUGUAUGGCAUCCAGAUCUCCUCCCAGAUCAGUGGCGCCAAGGAGGUGUGCGCUUCCUCCUCUGUCUCCAGGGGGCGGCCUCAGUCCCAGGGCCCAGGGCCCCUAUCUCUGUGUGUGGAGGAGGAGCGGCCCCUAUGCUCCGUAGCAUCUGGAGUAGAACCCACGACCCGGAUAAAAGAGGAGCCAGAUGAUGAACUUGACCCGGGCUGCCUUCAGGAGGCACUGCGCCAGAGUCAGGCCCUAGCCAAUCAGCUCGCAGCUCAGCUCCGUCGCAGCCGUGAGGGAGAGGGGCUCUGCCAUGCACCCGAUGGCGAGGAGCGGCUAAGCCCUGCCCCCUCCAUGAGGAAGAGGAAGAUCGCAUGUGCCGUGUGCAGUCUGCGCUUCCCCCACAAAAGUGCGCUACAGGAGCACAUGUACGUGCACACGGGAAAGCCCCGCCUCCACCCGCGCUACGGCCGCUGCACUGGCCCUGCCCAUCCUGACCCGGCCCACAUGGACUCAGGGGGCGGGGCCUCCAAUGGCAGCUCUUAUUCGCUGGACUCUGAGGCAUCGCAGGAGAGCGCAGUGGAGGGUGCAGUGUGAGCGCCUCCUGGAAAGCAGCAUAACUCUGUACUUUUAUUUAUGACUGUAUUUAUAAUGUGUUUAAUACAAAAAAAACACAAAAAGGCAGCAGCUGUGUAACUCGGGUUAUAAUGUAACUUUAUAUAAAAUGUUUCAUUCAGGUUGAAUCCAAACUGAUGUCACCAAAACACAGACAGAGAAGGGGCCGGCGGAGGAGAGCCCAUAGAGGAGGGUCAAUGAAGGGCGGAUGAUGGGCCGUUGGGGGAGCUGAGGGUGGACCGAUGGGGGACCCGAGAGUGGGCCGAUGGUACAGGAGGGAAGAACUCAAAUCUGUGCUUUUAGGUCAGAUUGAGUCACAGCCCUUUUUAUGUUUAUAUCAUCAAUAGCCCUCAACAGUGAGUGCCCCUUUCUGGUUCUAUAAGUAAAGAAAAAAAAAUUAUGUUAAAAGUUUGAAAGCUCAGGGCUGAUCAGUGACGUGGAACUAAAAACACAAGACAUGUACUUUUAUUUAAAUCUGUUUUUCAGACUUUAUAAACAUUUCACAAAAUCUUGUGUUUUAAAUGAGCCUUUUGGACUUAAAACAACUGUGUUAUGGAGCACGUAGCUGGUUAGCAUUUAGCUGGUCAAAAAAAAGAAUGAAAAAUUGACUUCCAGAGCUGGAGGAGGCAUGCCUAUGGAGCUCCAUAGGACACAGAAAAUAUUUGAUAUUGGCUUUAUCGAGGCAGACUUCCGAAAAACCUGGAGUAGAAAGUACAGUUUACAUGUUUAACUGGUUCCUCCAGUGAAACAGACUCCUCCUCUCAAACCUCCUCUGCUCACACCUCCUUCUCUCAAACCUCCUUGUUUCAUACCUCCUCCUCUCACACCUCCUCCUUUCAAACCUCCUCCUCUCACACUUCCUCUCACACCUCUACCUCUCAAACCUCCUCCUCUCUAUUCUCCUCCUCUCAAACCUUCUUCUCUCAAACCACCUCCUCUCAAGCCUCCUCCUCGCAUACCUCCUGCUCUCAAACCUCCUCUCAGAUCUUCUCCUCUCACACCUCCUCUCAAACCUCCUCCUCUUAAACCUCCUGUCAGCUCCAGAAUCCACACUUUGGUCCAGGACUGUGAAGAUGCGAGUCUGGUCUGGGCCUGUCACAAUAACACAUUCUGAAAAAAUAUAAACCACA